AUUUUUUUAUGUUACUGAAUAAGUAAACGAUCCCUUCGAAAAAGAAUAAAAUCAGUUUUUUGAUAGUUUUCAAUUCUUGUUAAUAAUACUACAAUAUAUUUUUAAUUCUCAAUGAUGAACGAAGAUUUAAGUUUUUCCGAGGCAAGAGAUGUUCUUCGUAAAUGGAGAGAUGACAAUGAGAGGAAAAGUGAUGAGGUGGUUCAAGUUUUCGAGUACUGUCUUGCUGAUAAAGUAAAGAAACUAGGCAAUGAAAAACUGAUAAUAUUGGAACAAGUUUUUAUAGCUUCUCUAGAUUGUGGACGCAUUAAACUAGCUGAAGACUGUAUUCGUGUUUUGAUUUCAGAGUUUCCAGAAAGUUUAAGGAUCAUGAAGCUCAAAUCUAUGCUUUUGGAGGCCUUAGAACGAUAUGAUGAUGCUUUAGACGUAUUGGAAAGCAUUAUAAAACGAGAUGAGACGAAUGCAGGACCACGGAAGCGCAAAGUAGCAAUUUUAAAAGCUAAAGGACAAAUUGGAGAUGCUAUAAAGGAAAUGUGCGACUAUUUAAAGAAGUUCAUGUCAGACCAAGAAGCUUGGCACGAGCUUUGUAAUUUAUAUCUAAUGGAAGGAGAUUAUAACAAAGCAGCUUUUUGUAUGGAAGAAGUUUUACUUCACAAUCCAUACAGCCAUUUAAUUCACCAACGUCUUGGAGAUAUCCGGUACACGAUUGGCGGACAGGACAAUAUUGAGAUUGCAAAAUCUUACUAUGCUCAAGCUAUAAAAUUAAACGGAAAUAAUUUACGUGCAUUAUAUGGGCUUUAUUUGUGUUGUAAUCACAUUGCAUUAUCAAAAGCCCAAAUAGCGAAAAGGAAAGAAGCCCAGAAACUUGCUUCGUGGGCCUUGCAAAAAAUAUCCGAAAUUACUGAAAAGUCAACAGGCAAAUCAUCAAAUUUAACAGGCGUUAGUGCAUUGGAAGCAGCAUUUGGAAAUUUAGAUAUAAAAACAAAUUGAAUCAAUUAGCAUUUCCUGUUUUGAAUCUUUUUAUUUUUCUCCCCCCAAAUAUAAUCAUUUUCGCUAAAGAUUUAAUUUUUAUUUCAAUUUAAUUUCGGUGGUUUGUGUUAUUUAUGAAACUUUAUUUAGCAAGUAGGUCGGAAAAACAUUAAAUUUAGUUGAAAAUCCAAUAUAUGUAACUAUUUCAUCAUCAUGAUUCCAAUUUUAC